UAAACACACAACAGAUUGUGAGCUCUCUCAGAGAUGGCAGCUCUCUCUUCAGCAACACUCCCGGCAGCUGCUGUCUCGUGCACCCUGAGCUCCUCAAUGAGAAAGAAGUCCAGUGUGGGUUACAUUGAAGGACUGAACUCCUAUGGAGGCCUCAAAGCUCACAACAAAGUAACCAACCUCGGCCUUCCAGCUUGCACUACCCAGUCCUUCGCCAUGGUUGUGAGCUCCCUCAGGUCCUUAUCGCAGGGAAAGAAGGGCAAAGGUGGAGCUCUCUCUUCCACCUUCAGUGCGGCAGAUGAGAUUUUUAAGAUUGCAGCGAUCAUGAAUGGCCUUGUGUUGAUUGGGGUGGCCGUGGGCUUCGUUCUUCUUCGAGUGGAAGCAACUUUAGAGGAAGCUGAGUAGAAGAUGGCAACUUAGUUUCUUUCAACAUAAUAUUGUCCUUGUUAUUUUCCUUUGGAUAUUUGGGGCCGAAUGAUGAAUUGAAUAUUGGUUGAAAGAUUGAUAUUUGAUUAAAAGCAGUUUAUAUUGAUCAGUGCAAUGUUUCAAUUCUGUGUUUUCAA